AUGCCAAUUAACAUUGGACGACAGUUGAGACGCCCUCUAUUGCCAAUUCACUCAUGUUGUACCCCUGUCCGAAAUGCUUCCCAGCGUCCAUUUUUGCGCCGGGGAUGGCUUCCCCUGGAGCUCAAUCGCGGCGCAAAGCGAAAAUCUACAGUCAAACUUCAAGAUCUUCCACAAGGACGCUUAGAACCAAUGGAGCCAUAUCCUCUUUCCGUUGACGAUGCUCCUCAGUAUCCAACGGUGAUACAGGGGGCCAAAAACAAUAUGCUAAAGUUUAAAAACUGUGUACUACUUACGAGAGUAGGGAACUUUUACGAGCUCUAUUUUGAACAAGCCGAGGAAUACGCUACGCUGCUGAAUUUGAAACUCGCCCAAAAGAAAACAAGCGCGGGAGCUGUGCCAAUGGCUGGAUUUCCCUUUUUCCAACUGGAUCGUUUUCUUAAAAUACUCGUCCAGGACUUUAACAAAUACGUUGCCAUUAGUGAGGAAUUUGCCAACGAUGUUGUUGGUAAAGCGAAGUCCGGGGGAUUGCAAUUCGACCGUAAAGUCGCUAGAAUCGUUACACCAGGAACAUUGAUAGACGAGAAAUUUAUGGAUCCUUACGAGAAUAACUUUCUACUCUCAAUAUAUCUAGCCAUAGUUCGCUCAGAAGAUACGGAAAUAGUGUCACCGGAACAGCAUUCUUCUAUUUCAUCUUCGCAACCCAUUGGCCUCUCUUGGCUAGACUUAUCAACGGGUGACUUCUUUACCCAGCAGACCACUGCGCAAAUGCUACCCUCUGCCCUAGCCAGGAUCAGUGCCAGGGAGAUAGUGAUAGAUCAGAAUGUUGGAGCAAAAAUUAGACAAGAACUACAAGCUGUUGUCGGACAAGAUAAGCAGCAUCUGAUAACUUCGUUUCGUUGUCCAAGUGAGAUGAGGACUUUAUCAGAGUGGGGUUCCAUUUUUGAGUCGUCAAUACCUCUUGAGGUGGCUUCCACGUUCACUGCGGAAGAAACAGCGGCUUGUAAUAUAUUGCUGGAAUAUGUCCAAGUUCAAACGCAGGGAGUGAAGAUGAAACUUCAAGCGCCACGCCGCAAGCAUCUAGAUGAGUCCAUGUCUAUUGACCGUAAUAGCCUAAGAGGGCUUGAGAUUUUAGAAACUGCUCGAGACGGGCUUGGAAAAGGGAGUCUUCUUCAUGCUGUGCGGCGUACUUCCACUAAAAGUGGAGCUCGACUGCUCAGGGACAGGCUGACUUCGCCUUCCGCUUCGUUACAUGUUAUCAAUGAGCGACUUAAUUUGGUUUCCAAGUUCCUUGAUGAUGAAGACCUGCGCCAAAAUGUAAUUCUCCUCCUUAAACGCAGUUUCGACGCUCAACGGCUAGUUCAAAAAUUUUCAUUGGGCAGGGGGGAUCCAGACGACCUCAUUUGUCUCUCGAAAUCAAUCCAAGCGUCGCAAGAAAUAAAAUCCGUUUUGCUCCGUAAUAUCAAUAUGUCUUCUGAUCAAUGUUCCGAUCGGGAAUCCAGCCAUAAUGUGACAAGCAGUUUGCACUCCAUGCUCGAUCGUCUAAAUUUCGAUGGUCCCGAGGCCCUUUCACAAAGUAUACUCGCCGCAAUAGACGAAGAGGGGCUCUUGCAAAAACAAAGAAUCGAAGAUGAUGCUGCUACAGAUGCUGCAGCUCUCGCUCAAGAAGUGAUUUUGAACGAAGGGUCUUCAGAAGACCUAGCAGCUAUACCUAAGCAUGCCAGAGGACAACGAAGUGGUAGGCAGAAGGAAUCGAACUGCACCGAGGAGGUAAAUAAAACCACAUGGAUCAUGCGCCGUGAUGCAAGUAGGAAUUUGCGGAAGUUGCAUGAUGCUCUUGAUCUCCUUGCAGUGGAAAAGUCCGAACUAACAAAGAAGUUGCGUGAGGCAGCUGGAACCGAUAACCUUAAUCUCAAGUGGACACCUGGGCUUGGCCAUAUUGUCCACAUGAAGGGAGUAAAGGCAUCUCAACAGUCAGUCGAAGCGUUGGGAGCAACGCGAACUGUCUCUUCCUCAAAAUCGACACGUUCCUUUUAUCUAAGUUCCUGGUCACAGUUGGGAGCCAGAAUAGAUGAUGCAAAAUUCCACAUACUAUCUGAAGAACAGCGCAUCUUCGAAGAGUUACGUCAAGCAGUGAUUUUGAAUCUUGUGAAGCUACGCCGAAAUGCCGCCGUCUUGGACGAACUCGAUGUUGCAUGUUCAUUCGCCCGCCUUGCUGAAGAACAACAGAUGGUGAGGCCCGUCGUCAACAACAGCAAGUGCCACAAAAUAGUGGGUGGCAGACAUCCGACAGUUAAGCUUGGGCUUGAAGAACAAGGGCGCCCUUUCGUUAGCAAUGACUGUUUCAUUGGGGAACAGGAACGGAUAUGGCUCAUAACGGGCCCAAAUAUGGGCGGUAAAAGUACCUUUUUGCGACAGAAUGCCCUCAUUACGAUUCUUGCGCAGGUGGGUUCGUUCGUGCCAGCGGAAUACGCAGAGAUUGGCGUCGUGGAUCAGAUAUUCAGCCGCAUUGGUGCUGCUGACGAUCUCUUCCGAGAUCAAUCCACAUUUAUGGUGGAAAUGUUAGAAACGGCGACGAUUUUGAAAAGUGCUACAACACGUUCCUUCGUGAUCAUGGACGAAGUUGGCCGGGGGACGACGCCAGAGGAUGGAACCGCAGUGGGAUUUGCAUGUCUGCACCAUCUCCAUAACAUCAAUCAGUGCCGCACUUUGUUCGCCACACACUUCCAUGCACUGGCGGACAUGACCGCUCAAUAUGAACAUUUGGGUCGGUAUUGCACAGACGUAAAGGAGGACUCCUCAGGGUCCUUUUCUUUUGUACACAAAUUGAGAAGGGGCGUAAACCGCGAGUCCCAUGCUCUGAAAGUCGCACGACUCGCAGGUCUCCCGGAUGUUGCGAUUGACGUUGCGAAGGAUGUAUUGCGCAAAAUGUCCGAUAGUGGAAGUCUUCAAUCAAAUGGGCCAGCCUCAGCUCGUGACAGAGCUACUCAGGGGCGCUCGUGA